UUGGAAGUUCGCGCACGGAACUGCCUGGCUAUGUGUGGUGAGCGAAACACGGCUUCGUGAUUUAACAACUCUUCGGUCUCCCAAACUCCAACUCCAACUCCAACCCACCACUACCGCUGCCACACCUGCAAGAGAGUGACAUAGGCCUAAAGUAAUUUAAAGUACAUUCUCUUGGACUGUUACAGUGGCGGCCAGCAUGAGCUUCAGUUCGGACUCCUUCACCUCCCCCAACCCAUUUCACAUCUGUAACAUCUGUCAGAAGGUGAUAAGGAAAAAGGAGAAAGGAGUCAGGGUGCCGCGACCCUUCUCCAGUGGACCAAGUGCCUUCAUUCCAAAGGAAGAGAUUGUGGAGGAGUCCCAAGUGGACCCCCUCACAGAGCAGCUCCUAGCCGAGGCCUACACUCCGUCGGGCCGCGUGGACCACCUGACCCAGGUGAUGGGACUGCACCCCCACUACCUGGAGUCCUUCCUGCACAGCCAGUUCUACCUGCUGAGGAUGGACGGCCCCUUGCCUCUCCACUGCCGACACUACAUUGCCAUCAUGGCUGCAGCGCGUCACCAGUGUUCCUUCCUGGUCUCUCUGCAUGUGCGUGAGUUCUACAGGAUGGGGGUGUGUCUGGACUGGCUGAAGGGCCUGCAGUACGUCCCUCAGAGACUGAGGAACCUCAACGAGAUCAACAAGCUCCUAGCACACAGACCUUGGCUCAUCACCAAGGUGCACAUUCAGAACUUGGUUAAGACAGGGGAGCACAGUUGGUCUUUGGCAGAGCUGGUCCAUGCUGUGGUCCUAUUGGCCCAUUUCCAUGCCCUGGCCAGCUUUGUGUUUGGCAGUGGCAUCAACCCCCAGGUGGACACACCAAACGCCAAUGGCUUCCAGUCAGUCUACAUCAGCAACUACUGUACAUGUGACCUGGCCAGCGACCAUCACCUGGACCGAGAUCUCAGCAGCACUAGCCCAGAGACCACAGACUCGGUCAGUGAGUUGGAGGCGCUGAUGGACAGAAUGAAGAGGCUGCAGGAGGAGAGAGAGGAGGAUGAGGCCUCGCAGGAGGAGAUGGCCACACGCUUCGAGAAGGAGAAGAAAGAGAGCCUUCUGGUGGGCUCUGGAGAUUUGGAGGAUGAGGUGAUGCCCACAUCCAAAGUGUCUCGGUUUGUGGAGGAUGCCACCUUUGGGUACCAGGACUUUGCUCGACACGGGGAGGACAAUCCACCAACAUUUAGAGCACAGGACUACUCGUGGGAGGACCAUGGUUUCUCUCUGGUCAACAGGCUUUAUUCAGACAUCGGGCUGCUGCUGGACGACAAGUUCCGGACAGCGUGUGACCUGACCUACUACAACAUGGCCAGUCAUGAGGACGUGGACACCACCAUGCUCCGACGUGCACUCUUCAACUACGUGCACUGCAUGUAUGGCAUCAGAUAUGAUGACUAUGACUAUGGGGAGGUGAAUCAGCUAUUGGAACGCAGUCUGAAGGUCUAUAUAAAGACCGUAACGUGUUAUCCAGAGAGGACCACUCGUCGCAUGUACGACAGCUACUGGAGGCAGUUCCGCCACUCCGAGAAGGUCCAUGUAAACCUACUCCUAAUGGAGGCCAGGAUGCAGGCAGAACUUCUAUACGCCCUGCGCGCAAUCACACGCUACAUGACCUGACCCUGACCAACCACAGCGGGCCAUCUGUCUCCAACUGACCAAUAGAAACCCCAGCCCUCAUCACCCCACCUCCCCCCAACACCACUACUGGCCUCUGGGAACCAGGAAACUGUCUCUCUACCAGGCACAUGUCUCUAACACUGGCCUCUUGCUGGUUGGGACUUUGAGGUAUUUUUAGCUUAGUGCCCUUUUACAGAGGAAGUAUGUGAAGAUGAAGGAAAUCCUGCUGUGAGUGUAUAAAAAUUGUGAAAACAGGGGUGCACGUUUGACUUCUCAUCCUUCUUUGCCAUAAUCAUAAUGCCAGUUUGGCUUGAAUGACAUUCAGUGAAGGGGUUGGAGUUCAUGACUAACUUUUUUAGAAAUAUUUAUCCAAGCAACCUCACAAAGUACUGUACUGUGCUCUAAGGAAGAUACUGAAUAGCCAGAAACAGUGUUGCACAACGUAGAAUAUACCUCUGAAUGUAAUGCCUUGAUUUGGUAAAGACCCACCAAUAUCAGGCGCUAGAUUAAAAUAUUAUCUGAUUGAGAGAGCAAGUCCUUUUGUGGCACUAUUUUAAAAAGUGCAAUAUUUCUCAUUUUUUGGGGCAAUUUUAAAAGUAGACUCAGCGAAAUGACGUUGCCAUGAGCAGCACCGCAGAUAUUGAGAUGAGCGAGAUGCAAGACUUCACUCUCACACAGUCACACAGUAUCUUCGCAUGUGUAUGGGUUCGCUUCACACUGUUACAGCGUUGGAGCCAGGAGACAAAAACAGAGAAGUUGAGCCUCGCGCUUCAAAACUCUUAGUUGUUGCAGAAAUUGACCCACUAUGCUGUUUUACUUUAUGCAUCUACGUCAUAUCGCUGAGUUUACCUUUGAAAGGCUGUGACAGAAUACUUUAUUUAUACCUUUGUCAAUAAAUCUGGCUAAUUAAAAUAUUUAUUGAGAACUAUUUAUCUGCAAUGUUUGUCCUAAUACAGAAUAUAUAUCACAGCAGGUAGCGCACAAGAUUUUGGGGCAACGUGAUCAGCAAUUUUAGGACUUCUCUCAUCCUGCUUGUGACACGUUUCUGUGCCAAAUGUUUCUCAUUGGGUCUGUAAGACAAUAAUUAAUAUUGCAUACUUGUCUAUAUUUCUACCAAAGAUGCAGUGUACAGUACAGAUGUUAGAUCCAUGAGACAUUUUCAAAACAUUUUUAUAUUCCAUUAGGAAGUACAUUUUAGAACUGUGAUAAGCUAUGUAGUGCUGGGAAUGUGCUAUUUUAAAAAAGAAUUACUGAAGGAUCACCCCAUGAGCGAAUUCCUAACACUAAAAUCUGCGCUGUUAACUUUGAGUCUCACUAGCAUUUAUUUUAUGCUUAUUUCUUCACCAGUGUAGGGUUGAAAAAAUCAUGGUGUUUUUGUGACUGAUUGUUGCUCUUUGCACAUCUAUAUCUACAAAUGUAGGACCUACUGAUGGCAGUGUCAAUCAUUUUUGCAGAUAUUUACUGUAGAAAACUUUACUUUGGUAAUUCCCAGCAAGAAAUGUCAGUAUUUCCUUAAAUCCUCUCCCUUCUCUCGAAUCUUUCUUGCAUUGUAUUUCUCAGAUGUGAAAUGUGUCAUAUAUUGUAGCAC